AUGCCGCUACAAUACUACUGUUAUUUUCUUUUUAUCUCACGUGUUCUUAUCCACACUGCUCUGCAACGUUGUUUUUACACCCAAAACACUGUCCCAGUGUGUAUGUGUUUGCGAGUUGAGUGGUUCCAGCCUGUGAGCGCGCUGGGGUCAGCUAAGUCUCACUAUAUGGUCGACUACACAUUCAACAGUGCCCACUGUACAGCAUUCGCAUACGUUGUAUAUGAACAAGUUACUAUAAGAUCGAGCUCAGAUCAACUUUACUCUCCUAGAACAGUCGAUAAAACAUCAAUAAACACAUAA